GGCAAGCACCGUUAAAUAAUUAUGUAUAACCGCAACAUUUCUCUCAUGUUAUCAUUAAGCAAAUCAACAUUUAUUUGAUAUUGAUGACACUCUUUGGUAUAAAGUGUAAUAGCAAGAGCACAUAAACAUCAUUCAGACAACGCAAAUUAUAACAAACACAACAAAAAAACAUCAUUAAAAAUGUUUUUUUACUUGAGUAUCGCUGCCCUAGUCGUAGCAUCAAGCUACGCCCAGCACCAGGAAUGCCCUCGAAGAAACGGUUACUUCAAAUACGACUCGAGCUGCGACACCUACGUUGAAUGCAGAGAUCACAAAUCUCAUCGGAUGAUGUGCCCGGACGGUCUCAACUAUAAUCCCAACAUCGAGUGGCCUGAGUAUCCCUGCAGCUUCCCUGAAGACAUGCCCUGCGAUGCAGGCAGAUACCAGCAACCCAAGCCGAGCGGUGAAUGCCCGCAACAAUAUGGCUUCUACCCGCACCCCUCCGCUACCGACGUCAACUGCGCACCGUACAAGAUGUGCGUCGCUGGAGUCGCGUUCGACAUGAAGUGCGCCGCCGGGCUCGCCUUCAACCCCGACAUCGGUCGCUGCGAUUGGGCUGACCGCGUGCCUUCCUGCAACGCUGAACGAUACCUAGGCUUCAAGUGCCCAGAAAUCCCAAUCGAUGCUGACGGCGACCCUAUCGACAUCGUUCUGAACUACAGCUACCCGAGUCCCAACUGCACAAGCUUCUUCUCGUGCGACAAGGGCCGUGCGCGGUUCUUGUCCUGCGACUUGGGGCUCGCCUUCGACGAGUCGAUCGGCCGCUGUCGGGAUGCCGACCUAGUGCAGUGCAACUACUGAAUACUUCACAUUUAGACAUUGUUAUAUGUUUAUAUAGUUCAAUUUUUCUUUAAUAAACUUGUUCCUACUACUUACCUA